AACAGGAGAUCAUGCAAAGACUUUAAAGGCACAUAAAGAGGGCGACCUUCAGAAGCUGUUGGAAAUGAAUGGCCAGGUGCCCCAUGCCUAUGACUAUGACCUCAUUGUCAUUGGUGGGGGCUCAGGUGGCCUGGCUGCUGCCAAGGAGGCUGCCAAAUAUGACAAGAAAGUGAUGGUGCUGGACUUUGUCACACCUACACCUCUGGGAACAUCAUGGGGUCUUGGAGGAACUUGUGUGAAUGUGGGCUGCAUACCUAAAAAAUUGAUGCACCAGGCAGCUUUACUGGGACAAGCCUUACAAGAUGCACGGAAAUUUGGAUGGCAGUUUACAGAAGAAGUCAAGCACAACUGGAUGACUAUGACAGAGUCUGUUCAGAAUUACAUUGGCUCACUGAACUGGGGCUAUCGUGUGGCACUGCGAGAGAAGAAGGUCACCUAUGAGAAUGCAUAUGGAGAAUUUGUAGGACCACACACAGUUAAGGCAACAAAUAAAAGAGGAAUUGAGAAACUCUACACAGCUAAGAGAUUUCUCAUUGCCACUGGUGAAAGACCACGUUACCUGGGCAUCCCUGGAGACAAAGAAUACUGCAUUAGCAGUGAUGAUCUUUUCUCACUGCCUUACUGCCCAGGGAAAACCCUGGUGGUUGGAGCUUCUUAUGUUGCCCUGGAAUGUGCAGGAUUUCUGGCAGGUCUUGGGUUAGAUGUCACUGUGAUGGUGAGAUCCAUUCUUCUGAGAGGAUUCGACCAAGAUAUUGCAAACAAAAUUGGUGAAUAUAUGGAAGAACACGGAAUCAACUUUAUUAAGCAGUUUGUGCCAAUCAAGGUUGAACAGAUUGAGGAAGGAACUCCUGGAAGGUUGAAAGUUACAGCUCAAUCCACAGUGGGGAAUGAGAUCAUUGAAGGGGAAUACAAUACUGUGUUGCUGGCAAUUGGAAGAGAUGCAUGCACAAGAAAAAUUGGUUUGGACAAAGUUGGAGUGAAGAUCAAUGAAAAAACAGGAAAAAUCCCUGUCAAUGAUGAGGAGCAAACAAAUGUGCCAUAUAUCUAUGCUAUUGGAGAUAUACUGCAGGACAAGCUGGAACUCACACCCGUGGCAAUCCAGGCUGGAAGGUUGUUGGUUCGGAGGCUUUAUGGUGGUGCAACCAGUAAGUGUGACUAUGUGAAUGUCCCAACAACAGUGUUCACUCCUUUGGAGUAUGGAGCCUGUGGGUAUUCUGAAGAGAGGGCAGUGGAGGAGUUCGGGGAGGAAAACAUUGAGGUGUACCAUAGUUACUUCUGGCCCCUGGAAUGGACUGUCCCAUCCAGAGACAACAACAAAUGCUACGCAAAGAUAAUUUGCAAUAUUAAAGAUAACGAGCGAGUCAUUGGUUUCCAUGUUCUUGGUCCAAACGCUGGAGAAGUGACCCAGGGGUUCGCAGCUGCUAUUAAAUGUGGAAUGACCAAAGAGCAGCUGGAUGGCACCAUAGGAAUUCAUCCGGUCUGCGCAGAGAUAUUCACCACGCUCUCUGUGACGAAGCGUUCCGGUGAAAAUACCCUUCAGGCUGGAUGCUGAGGUUAAAGACCCCCAUUGCUGCUGCUGCCAGACGGACUCUCAUCGCUGUGGCCGACUAGCGCAAUUCGGA